CUGAGCUAAAAUCCCAAAACCCCGAUCUCUUGCUUUUGAUGGCCAAGACAGAGGUCCAAGCACUGAGUACUAACUUCAUUUUUGAUUAUGGACUCUUGUCAGCACCAUAGUGGCUUCCUUUCCAUCCACUGGAGAACCUGCUGGAAGAGAGAGCUCUUAGAAGGUGAUUGAGUUCACCUUGUUCUUCAGAGUCCUUCGUGAUCCUUCCUGCCUUGCCUGUCUUUUGUAUUCCUUUUCCUUCUGUGCCUUACACUUUUCCACCUGCUGUGGUAAUUCUCACCAGGGACUAAAGUACAAGACCAGGUUGUGUGUUGCAUCAUUCUAAGUGGCCAAAAAUCAAAAUAGGAUACCAUAAACUUCUAACGCAGAAAAGCCAGCUAACCUUGUCCUUAGAAUAAGCAUUCGCCUGCAUCUCCACCCAAUGGCUGAUUGAUCUGUGUGGUAUAAGAGUGCUGUUUUUGUGAGAAAAGUGCUCACUGCCAUUUUUGCGUGUGCAAACAUGAGAGCUUGGAGGACAGAGGAACUGUCAUCUUUCAAAAUCUGAAAAUAAAAAAAUAAAAUAAAAAAUAAUAGAUCUGAACAGAAAUACCCUGGGAAGCUUUAUUUGUAAAACUCCUACAGAUGAGCAGAAAGGUCUCACUGUAUUCUUUUCAUCCCUUCUGGCAGGGAGAAGAAACAUUGUUGCAUAGUGUAGAGCAUUUAUGAAACACUGUUAAAUGUCAGAGAGGACAGCGGACACACCCCCACACCCCCCAAUAUACUCUCCCUGGAGACAGAGUCUUAUUACACAUCCCUGGCCAUCCUGGAACUCACUAUGUAGACCAGGCUGGCCUCGAACUCCCAGAACUUGGGCUGCUUCUGCCUCCAGAGUGCUGGGGCUAAAGGUGUGCACCACUAUGCCCACUGUAAAAAUCAAAGAGAUUAAUUAUUGCCAGGUUAUGGUUCUAAAAGAACGGAUAGGGUGGAGAAGUUGCUCAGCAGUUAAGAGUGCUUGCUGCCCCUCCAGAGAACCUGAGUUUGCCUCCUGGUUUCCACUUUGUCCAGGUCACAACCAGUUUUGUGUGUCUUUAGCUCCAGGUGUCUGAUGCCCUCUGAUGGGGAAGGGGAGUACACAUACACAACUAAUCUUUAAAGGACCCUUCUGUUGAAAUUUAUCUUUUCUGCUUUCUUUGGUAAUGGCGUACAGAUCUACUGGUGUGAUAAAAUCCUAGAGAAUCAGACAAUAAGUCAAUGCUGAGAGUUAUGUUUAGGGUGAGUAGAUUACUUCUGGACCACAUGGAGGAGGACCUAGUUUUUGCUAUUUGCAGUAGAGGAAGCCAAGAGAGGAGUACACAGUCAGUCUCUGCAUUGUUUGCAGUUUGAGAUGGAACUCUCAUAGUCUAGCUGGCCUCAGGUUCCUCAUUUUCCUUUGUCUUCCCCGCCUAGUGCUGGCCACUGCCCACUACCAAACUGUGAAUCCAAAAUACGAAACCCGGCCUCCCUGUACACUUGGCAAGCAUUCUACCAACUGAGCCCUAAUAGACACACAGACACAGAAAAGCUAAGAUCAGGUGGACUGGGUGCUCUGGGGGGGAGUAGCAGCAUCUCAAAAGCUCAGUGUACUAUAUACAGUUUAAUAUAUUCAGAGAGGCACUAUACACAGGAAGGUACACAUGCAUAUAUGUAUGUACGUACAUGUGCACAUGCACACAUACGUGCAUACAUAUGUGCAUACAUAUAUACAGCUGAAUCAGGGAGGCAGGUUAUACAGCUGAAUGCCAAGGAAGCUGUCUUAGCUAAUCUUGCUGGGGAACAGACCUUGGGCUGUAAACCCGAUGGAUAUUUGGGGCAUUUCUGCAUACACUAUCAAGAUCUCUGUGGACCAGAGGAAAGCUGGGGAGCUUUGCAGUCCCCUCUUACCUCACUAGUGGUAAGGUGUGGGCGCUUCAACAUUUUCCAUGAGCCUGAGGCUAUGUGGCCAGUGAAUGUCAACACACAUUUCCCUGAGGACCCCACAUACUCAAGGCUUCCCCUUGACUCCAUACUCCUGGCAUCUGUUCCCUUCUAGUACACUUACUUGCUCACUGUGGGACACUGUCAGGGAGUCAUGGAGAUGCUUCAGUGGGUGAAGAAGGUAUUUGCUCUCAAGCCUUGCCUGAGUUUAUUUGAUCCUGAGUCCCACACAGUGAGAAGAAAAAGAUCAACUCAAGUCUGUCUCUGAACUAUUCGUGUACUUGGCAAGGCCUGUAUACCACCCCCACACAGGAGUGAGUGAGAGAGAGAGAGAGAGAGAGAGAGAGAGAGAGUGUGUGUGUGUGUGUGUGUGUGUGUGUGUGUGAGAGAGAGAGAGAGAGAGAGAGAGAGAGAGAGAGAGAGAGAGACCUUUUCCUUGCUUCUUAGGCCUGAGGACUUAAUAAUUUACAAAAUUUGGAGUCAUUGAUAUUUGCAGAGAAGUUUCAGAGUUGUUAGAAGGAAUUCCCUUUAUCCCUUACGUUGCUCUUCCUUAGGUUAAACUCUCCAUCAAUUCACAGAUGAAGAAUUGACCUUACUAUCUACAGCUCUGCUCACCAGACUUAAAGCUGUGUUUGUGGCCUCACUAGUGUUCCCAUAAAUAUCCUCGUACUGCUACGUCUUCACUUUAUCUUGUCUCAGUUGAUAAAGUUGUUGGCUUUUUUUGUCCUUAAAAACAAGAAUUUUGCAGGAUGCUUUAAAAAAAAAAAAGAAUGUUGGGGUGUACAGCUCCUGGGGAUUCUAUGCAUUCACUCCGCUGUGGACGACAGAACCUUCCCUCUCUAGCCCCCUAGACUCGCUGGGCUACAGAGCCAUGAGACAUGGCUGGGAACUACAGGCUUGGGCAAGAAGCUGGAGAUACAGAUGACCCACCAAGAAUUACUCAGAACCCCGUCAUCAAUGGAAAUGUAGCCCUGAGUGAUGGGCACAGCAACGCAGAGGAGGACAUGGAGGACGACACCAGUUGGCGCUCCGAGGCAACCUUUCAGUUCACUGUCGAGCGCUUCAGCAGACUGAGUGAGUCGGUCCUUAGCCCUCCGUGUUUUGUGCGAAAUCUGCCAUGGAAGAUUAUGGUGAUGCCACGCUUUUAUCCAGACAGACCACACCAAAAAAGCGUAGGAUUCUUUCUCCAGUGCAAUGCUGAAUCUGACUCCACGUCGUGGUCCUGCCAUGCACAAGCAGUGCUGAAGAUAAUAAAUUACAGGGAUGACGACAAGUCAUUCAGCCGGCGAAUCAGCCACUUGUUCUUCCACAAGGAAAACGACUGGGGAUUCUCUAAUUUCAUGGCCUGGAGUGAAGUGACUGAUCCUGAGAAAGGAUUUAUAGAUGAUGACAAAGUCACCUUUGAAGUUUUUGUACAGGCGGAUGCUCCCCAUGGAGUUGCGUGGGACUCAAAGAAGCAUACUGGCUAUGUCGGCUUAAAGAAUCAGGGAGCGACGUGUUACAUGAAUAGCUUGCUGCAGACCUUGUUUUUCACAAAUCAGUUACGAAAGGCUGUGUACAUGAUGCCAACAGAGGGUGAUGAUUCAUCUAAAAGCGUCCCUUUAGCAUUGCAGAGAGUGUUCUAUGAGUUACAGCACAGCGAUAAGCCUGUAGGAACAAAAAAGCUCACAAAGUCAUUUGGGUGGGAAACUUUAGAUAGCUUCAUGCAACACGAUGUUCAAGAACUUUGUCGAGUGUUGCUUGAUAAUGUGGAAAAUAAAAUGAAAGGCACAUGUGUAGAAGGCACCAUUCCCAAGUUAUUCCGAGGCAAAAUGGUGUCUUAUAUUCAGUGCAAAGAAGUAGACUACCGUUCUGAUAGGAGAGAAGAUUAUUAUGAUAUCCAGCUAAGUAUAAAAGGAAAGAAAAACAUAUUUGAAUCAUUUGUGGAUUAUGUGGCAGUAGAACAACUAGACGGUGACAAUAAAUACGACGCUGGGGAGCAUGGCCUGCAGGAAGCAGAGAAGGGCGUGAAGUUCCUGACCUUGCCCCCAGUCUUACACCUGCAGCUCAUGCGGUUCAUGUACGACCCUCAGACGGACCAAAACAUCAAGAUCAAUGACAGGUUUGAGUUUCCAGAACAGUUACCACUUGAUGAAUUUUUGCAAAAAACGGACCCUAAGGACCCUGCAAAUUAUAUUCUCCAUGCAGUCUUGGUUCACAGUGGAGAUAAUCAUGGUGGACAUUACGUGGUUUACCUAAACCCCAAAGGGGAUGGCAAAUGGUGUAAAUUUGAUGAUGACGUGGUAUCCAGGUGUACUAAAGAAGAAGCAAUCGAGCACAAUUAUGGGGGUCAUGAUGACGAUCUAUCUGUUCGACACUGCACAAAUGCCUAUAUGUUAGUGUACAUCAGGGAAUCAAAGCUGAGUGAGGUGUUGCAAGCUGUCACCGACCAUGAUAUUCCUCAGCAGUUGGUGGAACGUUUGCAAGAAGAGAAAAGGAUCGAGGCUCAGAAGCGGAAGGAGCGGCAGGAAGCCCAUCUCUACAUGCAAGUGCAGAUAGUUGCAGAGGACCAGUUUUGUGGCCACCAAGGAAAUGACAUGUACGACGAGGAGAAAGUGAGGUACACCGUGUUCAAGGUUCUGAAGAACUCCUCCCUGGCCGAGUUUGUUCAGAGCCUCUCGCAGACCAUGGGGUUUCCACAAGAUCAGAUUCGAUUAUGGCCUAUGCAAGCAAGGAGUAACGGGACAAAGCGGCCUGCAAUGUUAGAUAAUGAAGCCGACGGCAGCAAAACAAUGAUUGAACUGAGUGAUAAUGAAAACCCUUGGACAAUAUUCCUGGAAACAGUUGACCCUGAGCUGGCUGCUAGUGGAGCAACACUGCCCAAGUUUGAUAAAGAUCAUGAUGUAAUGUUAUUUUUGAAGAUGUAUGAUCCUAAAACACGGAGCUUGAAUUACUGUGGACACAUCUACACACCCAUAUCCUGUAAAAUACGUGACUUGCUCCCGGUUAUGUGUGACAGAGCAGGAUUUAUCCAGGAUACUAGCCUUAUCCUCUAUGAGGAAGUUAAGCCGAAUUUAACAGAGAGAAUUCAGGACUAUGAUGUGUCUCUUGAUAAAGCCCUCGAUGAGCUGAUGGAUGGUGACAUCAUCGUGUUUCAGAAGGAUGACCCGGAAAACGAUAACAGUGAGCUACCCACUGCUAAGGAGUACUUCAGAGACCUCUACCAUCGCGUCGACGUCAUCUUCUGUGACAAAACGAUCCCUAAUGACCCUGGGUUUGUGGUCACCUUAUCAAAUAGGAUGAAUUAUUUUCAGGUUGCAAAGACAGUUGCACAGAGGCUCAACACAGACCCCAUGUUGCUUCAGUUUUUCAAGUCUCAAGGUUAUAGGGACGGCCCCGGUAAUCCCCUUAGGCAUAAUUACGAAGGUACUUUAAGAGAUCUUCUACAAUUCUUCAAGCCAAGACAACCUAAGAAACUUUACUAUCAGCAGCUUAAGAUGAAAAUCACGGACUUUGAGAACAGGAGAAGUUUUAAGUGUAUAUGGUUAAACAGCCAAUUUAGGGAAGAGGAAAUAACACUAUACCCAGACAAGCAUGGCUGUGUCCGGGACCUGUUAGAAGAAUGUAAAAAAGCCGUGGAGCUUGGUGACAAAGCAUCAGGGAGACUUAGGCUGCUAGAAAUUGUGAGCUACAAAAUUAUUGGUGUGCACCAAGAAGAUGAACUAUUAGAGUGCUUAUCUCCUGCAACGAGUCGGACUUUUAGAAUAGAGGAAAUACCUUUGGACCAGGUAGACAUCGAUAAGGAAAACGAGAUGCUAAUCACGGUGGCGCAUUUCCACAAAGAAGUGUUUGGGACAUUCGGAAUUCCGUUUUUGCUGAGGAUACACCAGGGUGAGCAUUUCAGAGAAGUGAUGAAGCGGAUUCAGAGCCUGCUGGAUAUCCAGGAAAAGGAGUUUGAAAAGUUUAAAUUCGCAAUUGUCAUGAUGGGCCGGCACCAGUACAUCAAUGAAGAUGAGUAUGAAGUGAAUUUGAAGGACUUUGAGCCACAACCUGGUAAGAGGCUCUCAGGAGUGGCUGUCCUCUGGUCUGUAGGUCUUGAAACUGUCCAGCCAUUGGGAGGCAGCAGCCAUGGGAUCAGGUCUAUCUCCAAUGGUGCUCUGUUGGGGCUAAGGCAAUGGAGAGACUCUUGGCUUGGCUUUAACAAACGGUUCAUGGCUUGACUGAGUGAGCAGCCACCUCUGUGGGGACUUGUGGAUCUGGUGGCUACUAGAACCCUGGUGUCUUAAUGGUUUGUUCUUUGUCCCUGCCAGGUAACAUGUCUCAUCCUCGGCCUUGGCUAGGGCUUGACCACUUCAACAAAGCCCCAAAGAGGAGUCGCUACACUUACCUAGAAAAGGCAAUUAAAAUCCACAACUGACUUCCUUCCCGUGUCCAAGGCGAGGGACAGUGCGUGGGUGUGUGCCCUUUUUAACAGCCGUAGAACUCUGGUGCACGUGCACUCUACCCGAAGUCUCCAGCAAGAGGGUUUGCUGCCGAUGUUAUUUUAUUUUGUUGAGGCUGUUCAGUUUGGCUUCUCUGUAUCUAUUGACUGCCCUUUUUGAGCAAAAUGAAGGUGUUUUUAUAAAGCUUGGAUGCCAAUGAGAGUUAUUUUAUGGUAACCACAAUGCAAGGCAACCAUCAGCAUCAUGGGAGGAGGAGAGGUUCCUAGGAUGUGAGUCCCCGGCAGGAGGUUAUCUGGUUGGCACAGGCAGCUUGGCCACCUGCCCGGGUCCUGCCACCAGCCCUGCAGCUAGUCAGCUGAUGAAUAUAGGCUCGUCCGAUUUCUUCUUCAGUUAGACUUUGUGACCUGUGUGCCUGUAAAGGCAAACCAGAGAAACAGCCCUAAUCAGUAGCACUCUCCUUCACCAUGUGCGUUGCAGGCCCUCCUGGGGUUCCUCUCCUCAGCUGCCUGGAGUCUUUAAUAACUGUCUCUUCUUCAGCUAGUUCUGUUGGGCAGCCCAUUCACAAAGUGGAUGCACUGAACACGGUCAGUCCUGACAGUUAGAGGUCUUUUUAUACACUGAGAACAUUGUCAGAUACAAUUAAGGUUUACUCUGUUGCCCAUUGGCAAACAUAAUGAUCUGAGCAGGUGAAAAGUCACUCUAGGCUUGUGAGGACAGAGUGUGCAAGCGACCGAGGAGGAGAGCCUUUCAGCAAGAGCGCAUGCUCGCUAGUGGUUAGUAAGCUGUUGACUUUGUAAAAAAGAUAAAAUAAAAAAGGAAAAUGGAAAAUGAAAUUGUAUAUUUAAUGAAUGAAACCUGUACAAUUUGCCCUGGGAGGAGGUUGUUUUCUGUUGGGUGAGUGCAAGUGAACUUGGCCGACUUGGACUCUGCGUAGCUUUACGGGCCCUCUCCUUGUUUCCCUUUCUGUUGGAGCUAUGCCAGCUGCGUGUCUAGUUUGGAGUGCGAGUAGAACGAGCAAGCCACUCUUCUCCCCCCCCACCCCACCCCCAGUGCUUCUGUUUGUUUCUGUAGCAGCAGUGUACACCAAUCCUCCUGUAUAUUGCCUUUUUGCUGGAAAAUGUUGUAUGUUGAAUAAAAUUUUCUAUAAAAA